GCUUUUGUAGCUGGCGCCAGUAGUCUUCGGGAUCAAAGCAAAAUACGUUUUUUAGUCGCGCCGAUCUGACGCCACGCAAACCUGAGUUGUUUUUGUACAAAUAAUUGUUAUAAGUGAAGAAAGAAGUAGCGCGAAUACUUCAAAUAAUUAGGAUUUACUCGGUUUUCGUGAGUGUGAGAUUUGGUGCACAGAAAGAGCAAGCAGCGCAUCCAAUUACGGUAAACACUUGGACUUUGCCAUGUUUCGCAGCAGCCUGGAAGGCAACACCAACGCCACAAACGACAACUAUGCGGCGUUCCAUAGCAGGGGUGGCCUCAACCUGCUGGGCCUCCAAGACCUGUACUUGGACACGGCAUCCACGCUAGGUUCGGGAAGCUCCAGCUUGCCCCCGACGCCCAGCGUCUCGUCGGGCACACUGAGUCCGCCCAGCACACCCCUGACUCCAGAACCCACACAAUUCGGUUCUCAGACUCAGUUCCCGCUGCUGACGGACAAUGGUAACAUGAACUUGGGCAACUUCCACAACGGCAACAACAUGCUGCUGCACCAGCACUACCAAUACCACCUGAUCAUCCAGAAGCAGCAGCAACAGUUGGCGCUGGCCAACCAUCAGUUGGCGCUGGCCGCAUCCGCGGCUGCCGCUGGCGUGAAUCAUCAGCAAAAGGAUGAGAUAGCGCGAUCGCUGAAAGUAUUUGCUCAGCUGACAAGCGCCCCGGCAGACAAUGGAUCCGGCUCUGUGCAGGAUGUUAUGCAGGAGUUUGCGAGCAACGGAUACGUCAGCGAUGAUCUCAAUUGCUUCGCUUACAGUCCGGCCCCAACGCCGGCCAAUCACCUACACCGUAAUUUGCCCGCAGCGGGAGGACAAGCCAAUCCACCGCAGCCUUUGCCAGCACCAGCCCCACUGUCCGCACGCUGGCUCCACAACUAUCGCGAGCAGCUGAACAAUGUGUGGCGCUCCAUGGCCUACAUGCCCUGCAUUGGCCAAACCAACGCGGGACUGCAGGCCCAGGCGCAGGCACAGGCAGCAGCUGUUGCCGCCAGCGGUCAAAACAAUCUGAACGCCAUAGGAUUGGGGCUGCCAUUGCAACCGGAUCACUUCCGACAUGGCAACAAUCCAAGUAACAACAACAGCAACAAGAUGAACAAGCGCUACAAGCCCAAAGAGAUCAGCCGCCACUGCGUGUUCUGUGAGAACAACAACGAACCGGAGGCGGUGGUCAACAGUCACUCGGUUCGCGACAAUUUGAAUCGCGUACUGUGCCCCAAGUUGCGCACCUACGUGUGCCCUAUAUGCGGGGCUUCGGGCGACUCGGCACAUACCAUUAAGUAUUGCCCGAAGAAGCCGAUCAUAACCAUGGAGGAUGCCAUCAAGGCGGAGUCAUUCCGUCUGGCAAAGAGCAGCUACUACAAGCAGCAGAUGAAGGUUUAGAAGAAGUCUAGCAGAAACCACAGGGAAACUCUGGCAGUUUCAACUGCGCGUAUAUAGCGUGAUAUAUAUGCGAUUUCGGUUCCUGUGCUGGAUACUAGAUAAUAGCGCCUGGCGCGUUCGUUUUUAUAAUUUUUUUCCAAACUAGUCUGCGACUAAGAUUAUUUAGUCAGUGACUGAUCACUCAAAUCAAAUCAAUUUCAACUUUUUUAUCAUAAAUCAAUGUUUUCAAGAGUAAGAAGA